AUGACUCCGGUGCAUGAUUUGGUGGAACUCAAUCCAUUGGACCGAGUUCUAAAAAAACAACAGUCAGACUGGGAUGAAUGGACAGUCAACUUGUUCCCUAGUGUAACGGCCAAAUGGUUACGACUGUGA